AUGGAUGGAACCCUCAUCAACACUGAGGACAUCUAUACUGAGGCAGCUACAGAGACGCUUGCUCUUUACGGGAAAGGCCCUUUAACUUGGGACAUCAAGAUCGAUUUGCAAGGAAGACCAGGUCCUGAUGCUGCUCAGAAAGUGGUUGAGUUCUUUGAUUUGCAGGUCACUAAGGAAGAAUUCAUGAAGAAACUGUACGAGAUCCAGGACACUAAAUGGGAGCGCACGGCUUUCUUACCAGGGGCUUUAGAGUUGCUAGAGUAUCUUAAGAAACAUGAUAUUCCUAUUGGUUUGGCCACAAGCUCAAACACUGGCAAUUACGAAAAGAAGACAGCCCAUCUUGGAGGCAGUUUUGCUCUCUUCGAUGGCCACAUUGUAACUGGUGAUGACAAGAGAAUCCCACCUGGCCAAGGUAAGCCACAGCCUGAUAUCUGGUAUGCCUGUUUGAAAAGCAUUAAUGACGCCAGAGCAAAGAAGGGCCUUGAAGAGAUUAAGAUUGAGGAGUGUUUGAUCUUUGAAGACGGAAUCCCCGGUGUGAUCUCAGGAAAGAACGCUAACGGUUAUGUUAUCUGGAUUCCUCACCCAUUGGCUUUGAAAGAGCUCAAUGGCAAAGAAAAGGAAAUCAUUGGACAGGGAGGAGAAAUUAUUGAAAGUCUAGAGGAGUUCGACAAGGCCAAGUUUGGUCUUGAUAGGUGA